AUGUUCAUAGCCAAAGAUUUGGUAUCUAUUGUAGUGAUCAUAGUUUUGAUUCUGCCACAAAUUUCAGCACAAGCUUUCUCACCUACUGGUUCUGCUGCAGAUAACGCGACGGAACAGAUUAGGCAGAAGGAUGAUACUGUUAGAGUUGAUCCUUUGGAAAAUUUCGAAAAGUAUAGAGGAGGAUUCGACAUCACCAACAAGAAUUAUUGGAGUUCUUUGAUUUUCACAGGAGUAUAUGGAUAUGCAAUUGGAAUGUUGUUCCUUCUGUGUGGAAUAUUGUAUGGAGGUUUUUUGGUAAUCAAUAAGUUUUGUUAUCGCGAAAAUGAUGAAGAAGAAAACAGAAUGAAGAACGUGUUGUUUCCUUGUAAUUACAAGACUUGUGAUGUUUCACUAAUUCUUGUGGCCUUGUUUCUCAUGUUAAUCGCCAUAGUUGCAACAGGGCUAGUUCUUGUUGGGAGUGUGAGAUUUCAUUCGGAAGCGAAAAUAUCGGUUGAUAUCAUAAUCAAAACUGCGAAUGAAGCGUCGGAAACAAUACAUAACACCACAGAAGCAUUAAAAGGCAUGGAGAAUAGUUUGAUGGAAGCAAAUGUUAAUAUUGAGGCUUCUUCAAAUCUUGACUCUACUGCUGAGAAACUUGAUGAUGCCUCAGAAAAUAUUGAGAUGCAAGCUAGGAAGAAUAGGCGCCUUAUCAACAAAGGCUUGAAAAUAGUGUUUGUAACUACUAUAGUGAUUAUGUGCUUGAACUUGCUUGCUGUAACAGUUUUGUCAGUUUGUGGAGUACUAAGGUUAAGAAGGUCAUUGUACAUGCUUGUUGCAUUUUGUUGGUUGAUGACAGUAUUAUGCUGGCUAUUCUUUGGAGUCUAUUUAUUCUUACAAAAAUUUUCUAGUGAUGCUUGCAUAGCUCUUGACAACUUUCAAGAAAAUCCUUAUAACAACAGCCUAAGCUCAAUCCUUCCAUGUCAAGAACUUCUCAAAGCAAAACCAGUUCUAUCUGAAUUUAGUUCUGGAAUCUAUCAUCUUGUUAAUGACGUGAAUGCAAACCUAACAAUGCAGGGACCAUCAUAUCUAAACCUUGCUCAAGUUUGCAACCCUUUCUCCGCACCGCCAAAUUAUUUCUACCAGCCCGAGAAUUGUCCCGAAAAUACUAUACGAAUAGGAGACAUUCCAAAGGUAUUGAAGAGUGGAAAUUUGAUAACAAAUAGUGAAUAUGCAAGAGUUGAAACAUACACAAACUCAAUUCAAGAUUUAUUGAAUGUGUAUCCAAGUAUGGAACAUUUGUUAGAAUGUCAAAUUGUGAAAGAUGCAUUUUCUCAAGUUCUUGUUCACCAUUGCAAGCCUAUGAAGAAAUAUGCUAAGAUGGCAUGGGUAGGAAUGGUGUUUCUUGGAGUGGUCAUGGUUUUGUUGAUUCUGAUUUGGACUAUGAGGGCUAGUUAUGAACAUUGUUAUCAUGUUUCUAAUGGUUCUGUGGAGCCUCAUUUUGAAGUAUCAAGUAGCUUGAAAUCAAGAGUAGAUAAAGAUAAAGAGAUUGAGAUUUGA